CUCUCAAGUUGAGCUUUUUUCCCCUUUACUCUUUUCUCAAUCUUUUUCUUUCUUCUCCACCACCAAAACUAAAGUUAUCAUCUUUAACUAGUAAUCAAGAACUAAUCAUGGCUGAUCAACAAGUAAAGCAAGUGUCAUACUCAUCAAAAAAGAAGAACAACAUUUCAAGAAAGUGUGCUUCCUUGAUUAAAGAACAACGAGCCCGGAUUUACAUUCUCCGUCGAUGUGCCACUAUGCUUUGCUGUUGGUAUAUUCAAGGGGAUGAUUAAAUUCAUAUAUAGUUACAAUCCAAAAUCAACUCCACAACAACUACUACUACUACUCCACUCCUACUUAAAUUAAACAUACAACCAAAAUAAUUGUACUCUACUACGUCCUUGUUUCUACUUACAUACAUAUGUCUCGCCGUGUGCUUUCCCCUUUUUGGCUCCAUCCAUCAUUUUCACGUGCUUGGCAAAAAUCUGCAGACCCGCACGUGAGGGUCGUGUUGAAGAUAUAAUUAAGUAAAUAAAAAAGUGUAUCCUCUCUAAUAGCUUAAGCUUUUUGAGAUGGUCACACGUUUCAAAACAUACACAUGUUAUGGCUACUCGGCCAAGCUAACUGGUCUUGCUGGUCCUGUUCGUCUUCCGUAGUUUCUUAGCGGUCUGCUCAGUUAUUCUGUCUUUUUGAUCCUGUGCCACUUUUCACUUUUUUAUCCAAUGGAUUCAAAAGUCCAUUGGGUUUUUUUUUUUGGGACAAGAAUAAAUUACAGGAGAAACUUGUCGAUGGCCUCUCUGAAACAAAGGUUUUUGGACAAACAGGGUUAUGGAUGGAUGGGGAAGCGGACACAGUGGGAACUUCCAAGCAUAUGGUGGACACAAAGUUUAGCGACACUGAAUUAUAGCAAGAACUCGUUCUAUAUGAAAGGCUCUUUUUAUGUUACAAUGUAACAAGUGUAUAUGUAAUUGUAAUGCAUUUUACAAUGUUUUAA